CGCGCAAGCGGAGAGAGAGGCAGGGACCGCGAGCAGGGCGCGGCGACCGGCGCUCGGGCUGGCCCAGGCGGGCGGCCCCAAGCCGGCCAGCGCGGUCAACGGGACGCCAGGGAGAGCUAGAGAACGACCCCGGGCCUGCCAGAGCCCAAGGGCGACAGUCCCGGGGGCUGUGGCGCACGAGUGCUGGAGGCUGGGGACGCGGGCGCGCAGACCGACUGACUUACUGACCGAUCGCCGCAGGCACGCCCCGCUCUACCCCGCCCCGCCGCGCCCCGCGCCGCCUCCCGGCUCGCUCUCUGCCUCUACCUUCUCUACUUCUUUUCCGCCUCCGCCUCCUUCGGGCUCCCCUGGCGCCAGAGCCUUUUCCUGGCUCAGGCGGGAGCCUGGACUGUCUGCAGAGCUCUCGUAGAGUCGGGGGGCAAAUUUCCUUGUAGCAGAGAGCCAGUCUCUUGGCUGGGCGACAGGUGCCGAGGGAGCUUCUGGCCCGUGGACCGGGGGAUGCGAAGGGCUUCUCUCCUGGUAUCUCUUUCUCCAUCACCGUGAGUCUGGCCUAAUUGAAGACUGAGGUUAUGAAGUCGAUCCUGGAUGGCCUUGCAGAUACCACCUUCCGCACCAUCACCACAGACCUCCUCUACGUGGGUUCAAAUGACAUUCAGUACGAAGACAUCAAAGGAGACAUGGCAUCCAAAUUAGGAUACUUCCCUCAGAAAUUCCCUCUGACUUCCUUCAGGGGUAGUCCCUUCCAAGAAAAGAUGACUGCAGGAGACAACUCCCAAUUGGUGCCAGUGGUAGACGCAACAAACAUCACAGAAUUCUACAACAAGUCCCUCUCGUCAUACAAAGAGAAUGAGGAGAACAUCCAGUGUGGGGAGAACUUCAUGGACAUGGAGUGCUUCAUGAUUCUGAACCCCAGUCAGCAACUGGCCAUUGCCGUGCUGUCCCUCACACUGGGCACCUUCACGGUUCUGGAGAACCUGCUGGUGCUGUGUGUCAUCCUGCACUCUCGCAGUCUUCGAUGCAGGCCUUCCUACCACUUCAUUGGCAGUCUGGCGGUGGCUGACCUCCUGGGGAGUGUCAUUUUUGUCUACAGCUUUGUUGACUUCCAUGUGUUCCACCGUAAAGACAGCCCCAAUGUGUUUCUGUUCAAAUUGGGUGGGGUCACCGCCUCCUUCACAGCUUCUGUGGGCAGCCUGUUCCUCACAGCUAUCGACAGGUACAUAUCCAUUCACAGGCCUCUGGCCUAUAAGAGGAUCGUCACCAGGCCCAAGGCCGUGGUGGCCUUUUGUCUGAUGUGGACUAUUGCUAUAGUAAUUGCUGUGCUGCCUCUCCUUGGCUGGAACUGCAAGAAGCUGCAAUCUGUUUGCUCCGACAUUUUCCCACUCAUUGAUGAAACCUACCUGAUGUUCUGGAUUGGGGUUACCAGCGUGCUGCUGCUGUUCAUUGUGUAUGCAUACAUGUACAUUCUCUGGAAGGCCCACAGCCAUGCAGUCCGCAUGAUUCAACGUGGAACCCAGAAGAGCAUCAUCAUCCACACAUCAGAAGAUGGCAAGGUGCAGGUGACUCGGCCCGACCAAGCCCGCAUGGACAUUAGGCUGGCAAAAACCCUGGUCCUGAUACUGGUAGUGUUGAUCAUCUGCUGGGGCCCUCUGCUUGCAAUCAUGGUAUAUGAUGUCUUUGGAAAGAUGAAUAAGCUUAUCAAGACGGUGUUUGCCUUCUGUAGUAUGCUCUGCCUGCUGAACUCCACCGUGAACCCCAUCAUCUACGCUCUGAGGAGCAAGGACCUGAGACAUGCUUUCCGCAGCAUGUUUCCUUCAUGCGAAGGUACUGCGCAGCCUCUAGAUAACAGCAUGGGGGACUCAGACUGCCUGCACAAGCACGCCAACAACACAGCCAGCAUGCACAGGGCCGCGGAAAGCUGCAUCAAGAGCACCGUUAAGAUCGCCAAGGUGACCAUGUCUGUGUCCACAGACACGUCUGCCGAGGCUCUGUGAGCCUGCUGCUUUCGUGGCUGCACAGAAAAAGAAAUUCCUGUUUUUUUUUUU